ACCCCAGAAGUAGCGGCUGGAAAUAACAUCCUCUCUCAUAAGUUUCACACCUCUGAUUUACAAGCGCUAUUUUGCUUCUCCUGCACUUCUGAAACAUCGUAGAAAUUGAUCAUCUCACAAGUUUGAAAAUAAGGAUCAAUUUCCCUUUCUGACGAUCACCAGGAUUACAAUUUCAAGAGGACACAAAAUUGUUCUAUAGCUUAAUCUAAAGAACUCGUCGGAUGUAUGCAGGAUAUAGCCCAUAAAAGAUCAAUCUUAAAUAGUAGCCUAGGCUAAAUCAGCGGAGCUCCAGAAUUAUCUCUAUUUUUUUUAUAAAUACCAUACGUCUGUGGAAGACAGAGGAUGAGAAGACUCUAAAAACUGGAUUUGGAUGGACUCACACUUGUUGUGAAGUGCCAGCAACAGAUGCAAAACUUCUACUAACCCACCAGGGAUUCUUUAAUUGUAUGGAUCUCAGUUAGAACUUGGGUGAAGAUGGGCCUCCCUGGCACGUGUACCCUGGCACUGAUGCUACUGGGAUCUCUGCUGGAAGUAGGACACUGUUGUCCACAUCCAUGUGCCUGUUACCUCCCCACAGAGGUGCACUGUACCUUUCGCUCCCUGCUCAGUGUGCCUGCUGGAAUACCCAGACAAGUGGAACGCAUGAAUCUGGGAUUUAACACAAUAAAUCAGAUCACAGAAAGCUCAUUUGAUGGACUGAGAAAACUGGAUCUUCUAAUGAUGCAUGGAAAUGAUAUACAUGAAAUCCCCCAUGGUGCCUUCCAAGACUUGGUGUCUCUACAGGUGCUGAAAAUGAGUUACAACAAAGUGAGAGUGAUCACUGGGCACACCUUGUUUGGCUUGACAAGCCUGGUGAGGCUGCACUUGGACCACAACCGUAUUGAGUUUGUCCACCCUGAUGCUUUCCAUGGAAUGACUUCUUUACGACUGGUCAACCUGGAGGGUAACCACAUCCAGCAGCUCCACCCGGCCACCUUCAGCACAUUCUCCCUGAUACAGCAGUUUCCCCUGUCCACCAUCAAGCACCUGCACCUGGCUGACAAUCUGCUGACCACUCUCCCAAAGAACUUGCUAAAGAACAUGCCCCAGUUGGAAAAUCUCGUAAUUUAUGGCAAUCCCUGGAGCUGUGAUUGCAGAAUGAAUCAUAUCUUAGACUGGACAACCAGCCAUUCAGGAGUUCUGAAAUGUAAAAAGGACAAAGCAUACCCUAAAGGCCAUCUCUGUCCAAUGUGUGCAUCUCCAAAACAUCUGGUGAAGAAAACAAUCUCAGACCUUCAAGACCUCACUUGCACUGGACCUGUCAUUAACUCCUCAGAGAAGGACCCCACCCUUCAGCCGAGUCUGAGUGAUUUACUCUCUGCUGAAGAAUUGAGAGGGCCGUUUGGGAACAUUACACUCAAUCUGUCUGAUGAACAUGGAAACAAAGUGGAUCUCAGUUGUCGCAUUGAGGCACAAAGAGAGUCCACCAAAAUUGCCUGGGAACAAAUAGGAUCUGAGGAGAUUGUGGCUAACCUAACUCUCUCCCUUGACCUGGAGUGCCCAAUAGAGCGGCAGGAGUAUGAGAGAUUGUGGAGACUUAUUGCAUACUACAGUGAAGUGCCUGUCCACCUACAGAGAGUGAUAAUGCUUAGCAAAGAACCCAAGCUGAGUUACAGAUAUAGACAGGAUGUUGAAAAAGAUGCUUAUUACUACACUGGGGUGCAAGCCAAUAUAGUAUCCCAGCCAUCCUGGUUGAUGCAGCCCUUCAUGAAGCUACAGCUGAACAGACCACAUUCAACCGCAAAAAAUGUAAAGAUGAUCCUAGGAACCCAUUUCUCAUCAAACUGGGAGAUAGAAAUGAUGAGACGACAGCGAAGGGACUGGGUAAUGAUUGAACACAACAACAAAACACAGACUGCCAUGACUGCUGUAACAGGGGGCAUGAUAGAAAUGGACUGCAAUGUGCUAAGCUCUGGCCAUGCAUCAGUUCAGUGGAUGCUGCCAGAUGGCUCCAAAAUCAAAGCGCCUUACACCAGCCCUGACAAGAGGAUUGCUGUAUCCAGCAGUGGGAAGCUGGUCAUGAAAACACUAAGCCACUCCGAUGCUGGUGUAUAUUAUUGUAUUGCUGAGGUGAGGAAUGAUCAAGAUUUUCUUCCAUUCCGCUUAGCUGUGGUGGAGUCCUCAGCUCCCCCUCCAGGUGAGAAGGCAGGGCCAGCAGUGACACACUCAGUUGGAGAGCCCAUCUCUCUUCCAUGUGUCACUUCUGCAGCCCCUGAUGCUGAAAUCAAUUGGAUUUUCCCAGAUGGAAGUAAAGCAACCACCAAAGCCAAUUCAUCAAAGGCUUAUGUUUUCUCCAAUGGAACAUUGUUUAUACCACACAGUCAGCUCAGUAACAAUGGCUAUUACAAAUGUGUGGCUAUUAACCACCAUGGUACAGACACCUUGGCAUCAAAGGUAACAAUUACAGGUAAGGAGGCCCUUCAGCCAUUGAGAAGGUAUCCCAUGAGGCCACAGUCAGCUGCAGGAAUCUCCACUAAAAUAAAAGCUUUCAUAGAUGAUGAUGAGUCUUCAGGAGAUUAUGGCAUAUGGGACAAAACUCCAAGCAACCCGAACAAUGGUCGUAUAAACAGGCAGCGAGUUCCCCAUACGAGAAUACGAGGGUCUCCACAAAGACAUCCUCAACGAAGACCUCUAAGCCCUAGAAAACCUAUUCGAAAAGGAUACCAUGGACAAAAUAGGAAACCUAUUCCUGAGCCAAGGAGAAAUUCUGGAACAUCAAAAGCCAAAAUAGACCCGCAAAAAUGGGCAGACAUUUUGGCAAAAAUACGUCAAAAAACAGCUCCUAAACCCACUACACCAAGCCCCGUUCACACCAGUUCACCAGUCCGAAAAAUUAAUCAUAAAGACCUGUCCAACUGGCCUGACCCUGGUGACAGUGUAGAAGGAUCGACUCCAGAUGACACUGCUCUGCCAGAGAAGGGAUUAAAUGUUCUCAACACUCAAAUUCCUUUGCAAAUACCCCAACACCAAACAGUGGCAGCCCCUACUCAUACAAAAGACCAGACUAAUGAUAUUUACCAAAUAUAUACACCUAAAUCAAACACUGAGGUAAAGGAACAGACCUCAUCUCUAGAAAUUGCUGUAAAACCUACUUUAGCAUUGGACAAUGGACUGUAUGAAACUCCUACAGUAAAAAUGGGAGAUAGUCAGGCCUUCACUGUUUUACCAAUUAUUCUGCCACCAAAACAUGCAGUAAUAGAGGACUCUGUCAUCCCAUUGCACACAGUUGAUACUGAUAUUGAGGUAAACACAAACAACAAAGUGAAUGAAAACAGUCUCACUACAAAGUUUACAACCUCUACACCAACUGCGAAAUUUACAUCUACUGCUGUUGCCAAACAAGGAGUCCCCAUUAACUCAGUGCCCCCUAGAUCAAACGUCCAGUGGAAUUCAAGAAGGAGGUACGGCAAUAGAAGACGAAUGAACAGACUCAGACCAAGACCACCCAUCUCACGCUUAGUAACUCCUAAGCCACAGCAGCCAUCAACAUCUACCAUCCCUUCAUCACAUGUCAGAUCUACAGAAGCUUCACCAGUCAGUAAGAGCAUAUUACCCACAUCUGGACCUUUUACAAAACAUACAAUUACUCACUCAGAGAGAACUCUCUCAGCCCAAGAUGACAAAAUGCUCACAAGACAACAAGAACAACAUGAAGAAGUUGAGCUUGGAAAGCAGCAAGUUCCACCAGCAAGCACUUCCUCAACAUUACUGUCACUUGUAACAACACAAGGAAAGCCUCAAGUAUACGAGCACACAGCUUCUUCAGUAGCAAGCCCAAUGUCAGAGCCAGGCCACAAAUCUGUCUCUGUGGCUGCUGGCCACGAGGAGUCUACAACAGCUCUGUCAGACUUGGAACUGAAUGCGAAGAUCAUAAAUGAAAAUGUGGCAACAACUCUGACCUACAUAACAAGCCAUGUAUCAUCACAGUCAGGGGUAAAUAGUGUACAUGCUUCAAGAGAGCCAACCUCUCAUACCGUCAGCCUAGGCGAGGAUGUCUCCUCUGUCAAAGACAUUAGCAAUCAGAAUAAUAAUGAAAAGCACCUAGAGGAUUCCUCACCAUACAUACCUAUAACCAUCAAACCACCAACAACAGCCAGUGAAUAUCAUGAGACUCCAUAUACUCUAUCUAAAGAAUCUCCACAAAUUGUUUUGACCACAGUCACAGAUAAACACAGUGUUGUUUCCCCAAUCGCAAAGACACCUUUGUCAAGUGAAAACAAAGAAAAUGACCUUCAGCCCAAACAAGACAAUGAUGUUGAACAAACAGUCAUCACAGUAACAACUACAGAGCCAACAAGCACAACUGAUAUUACUACUAUAUCUGUUACUACAGCAACAGUAUUAACAUCCACCCCAACGUCCACAAUGCCCACCACAACGUCCACCCCAACGUCCACAAUGCCCACCACAACGUCUACCACAACGUCCACAAUGCCCACCACAACGUCUACCACAACGUCCACAAAAGCCUCCACAACAGCAGCACAAAAAACAGCUGCUGUGUCAACAACAGCUUCAUCAAUAUUAAGACCUAGUGUAACAUUACCUGGAAACAACAGGGUCUCCCAUGGAUCAAGGUAUCCUGGAGGAAAUUACAUUCCUGACCGUCACAGUGGAAGAAUACCGAGUACUAACUACAGAUACCCAUAUUACUUCAACAAUAGGAAUCCAUUAAUCAUUCACAGACCUGAUAUAAACCGAACGCCAUCUGUCACAAGUUCCCCAGAGCAAAAUGGGAAAAUAAACUCCCAGAAGUCAACAAAUGGAAAGGCGCCAAUUACUUCUUCAACUGCAGCCAAAACAUCUACAACUAGAACUCCAGUGACUGUCUUAAAGAUAUCUGCUUCGUCAAAACCCAAAACUCAGCAUCAAACAAGUCAGACCUCAACAAAUCGACAUUCCGCCACAGUAUUUUCGUCCAACACAUAUGAUGGGUCAUCUCAGAGACCUGUCACAGUGCCUCGCCUAAAAGGAAAACCCAAGAUCACCACCAACAAUAUCUACACAUUUAUAGUCAACGCUUCAACUGAUGUACAGCUUCCGUGUGAUGCUGUUGGGGAGCCUAAGCCAUUCCUCACAUGGACCAAAGUAUCCACAGGAGCUAUCAUGUCAGCAAACAGCAAGCUCCAGAGGUUUGAAGUCCUGCCAAAUGGAACCUUUGUGAUUCGUAAUGUGCAGCUUCAGGACCGAGGCCCAUAUCUCUGCACAGCCCAGAACCUCUACGGGGUGGACAAGCUGACCGUCACCCUCUUUGUCAUGGCACAACAGCCCAAAGUGCUUACCCCCAGGCAUCGCGACGUGACUGUGUACCUGGGUGAAACCACCAGCCUGGGGUGCCAAGCACAAGGUCUGCCAGAGCCACACAUCACCUGGGUGCUUCCCAACAAAACUGUGCUGCAUGCACUCAGCACUACGGAACAGCGAGUCAUGCUCCUGCCCAAUGGUACUCUUCAGGUUAAGCAGAUCAACUACCCAGACCGAGGGAUUUACAAAUGCAUAGCCAGCAACGUGGCUGGGGCUGACACACUCUCUGUGCGUGUGCACAUUGCAGCAUUGCCUCCUAUGAUCCAGCAGCUGCACCGUGAGAACAUCACCCUCUCUGAAGGGCAGACCGUCUACAUCAACUGCAGUGCCAAGGGAGCGCCCCAGCCAAGCAUCCGCUGGGUGGUCUAUGACGGCACGCAGGUCCGCCCCUCGCAGUUUGUGAAGGGAAAUAUGUUUGUCUUCCCCAAUGGCACGCUGUACAUUCGCAAUCUGUCUGUGAAAGACUCGGGAAGUUACGAGUGCAUGACCAUUAACGUCGUAGGGGCUGCAAAGCGGACGGUGAGCUUGGUGGUGAGGAAGAGCUCCUCCACAGCCAAGAUCACAUCCACGUCUCCUCACAGCACGGAUGUGCUGUACGGGGGGAAUCUGCGUCUGAACUGCGUGGCCUCUGGCGAUCCAGCGCCCAGGAUUGUGUGGAGGACCCCGUCUAAGAAGUUAAUAGAUGCACAUUACAGCUUUGAUCGCAGGAUGCGAGUCUUCAGUAAUGGCACACUAAUAAUCCAAGGAGUAACAGACAUAGAUGAGGGAGACUACUUAUGUGUUGCCAGAAACAAAAUGGGCGAUGAUUAUGUGCUCCUCAAGGCCAACGUGAUGAUGAAAGCAGCCAAGAUUGAAGGAAAGCAGCUGAGCAGCCAGAAGGUUUCCUUUGGGGGGGACUUAAAAGUAGACUGCAUCGCCUCCGGUCUCCCAAACCCAGAGAUCAGGUGGAGCCUGCCAGAUGGAACUAUGGUUAACAGUGUUAUGCAAUCAGACGACAGUGGAGUGCGCACUAGACGGUAUGUGGUAUUUGACAACGGCACUCUUUAUUUCAAUGAAGUGGGAAUGAAAGAGGAGGGUGACUACACAUGUUAUGCUGAGAACCGACUGGGAAAGGAUGAGAUGAAGGUUCACAUAAAGGUUGUGCCAGAGCCCCCAGCGAUCAGAAAUAAAACUUCUGAAACUAUAAAAGUGAACUACGGAGAUACCGUGGCACUGACAUGCAGCGUCAAGGGGGAGCCUACUCCUACCAUCACAUGGCUGACUCCAACCAGCCGCAUCAUACCCCCCACCUCAGACAAAUACCAGUUACAUUCAGACGGGACUCUGCUCAUUCAGAAAGUGCAGAGGUUAGAUAAUGGGACCUACACCUGCACUGCCAGGAACACUGCAGGUGUGGAUAGGAAACUGGUGAGGCUUGAAGUUCUUGUCUCUGCCCCCACCAUCAACGGGCUUCAGAGCUCAGCCAGCUCCACUCAGGAGACAGCACUGAGGGAUCAGCGGAAGCUCCUACACUGCAAAGCGGAGGGGACCCCGAUACCACGGGUCAUGUGGGUCCUGCCCGAGAACGUGGUGCUGUCCGCUCCAUACUACGGCAGCAGAAUCACAGUGCAUCGCAACGGAACACUGGACAUCCGCUCCUUGCGAUCGACCGACUCUAUCCAGCUGCUUUGCAUUGCGCGUAAUGAGGGGGGGGAGGCGCGUCUGCAGGUUUCUCUUGAUGUGAUAGAUGAGUUGGAGAAACCCAAGCUGAAGGAGCCCGCGACAGAAUCUACAUCUCUCACCAGUGGAGUUUCCAUGACUUUGAACUGCACCGUUGAAGGCAGGCCAACUCCCCAGGUCACCUGGAUCCUUCCCAAUGGUACAACAAUCACAAGUGGCACAACUGUUUACAAAUUCCACCACAGGCCAGAUGGCUCCCUGUUCAUCAGAAACCCAUCUCUGACUGAGAUCGGAAGGUACCAAUGUGUUGGCAGAAACUCAGCUGGCUCUGUUGAGCGUACUGUCACACUAGAGUCAAAGAAGAAGCCUGAUAUCAAUAACAAAUACAACUCAGUGGUGAGCAUUAUCAACGGCGAAAACCUGCAGCUGAAUUGUCUCUCCAAAGGGACGCCCCUCCCUAAGCUUACCUGGACUCUGCCUGGUGGUGUUGUGCUCACGAGACCCCAGACAAUGGGACGUUACACAGUUCUGGAAAACGGAACUCUUAUGGUGAAGCAGGCAUCUGUUUAUGACAGGGGGACAUACCAGUGUAAGUCCACUAAUGAGCACGGCACAUCUGUCCUGUCCGUGCCGGUGAUUGUCAUUGCCUAUCCGCCACGCAUAACAAACGGUCCUGGAGCAGUGACUUAUGCCAGACCUGGUGUGGCCAUUCAGUUGAACUGCAUGGUCAUUGGCAUCCCCAAAGCAGAGGUGGCCUGGGAGAUGCCUGAUAAGACUCUGUUUAAAGCCGGCACUCAGCCACGUGUCUAUGGGAACAAAUAUCUUCAUCCACAAGGCUCCCUGGUCAUUCAGAACCCAUCCAGUAGAGACACUGGUUUCUAUAAGUGCACUGCCAAGAACGUUGUAGGAAGUGACACAAAGUCAACAUAUUUACAUGUGUUUUAAUGGAAAAUAAUUGAUGUUAUACAUGCCCACAAAACUGCGCAAACUCAGUGCACAAGAUACUGUUCACACAAGCACAUUUGAGUCAUUUUACUACAAAAGAAUGCUCUAUAUCUGGAGCUGGUUUAUUAUUUUAAUUCCAUUUACAUUGAGUUUAAGUUUCAAGCAUCUUUCCUUAUCUCAACAAAUGUCUAUGUGAUAAUGUAUGUAAAAAUGGGCUUUUUAACAAAAGCUGAAUUUAUGGAUUUAUUGUCAUGAAUUCAAAUGCCAAAAACUCGACAUAUUGAAUUGUAGACAUCAGGGAACAAAAUUGUAACUGCUGUUGCAAAAUGUCAUACAUUAUUCACAUAACUAACAUGAUGCGUUAUGUCCUUCACAGACAUAUUUGAUAUUCACAUCUGUAGGCUACUUGUUAUUUUUAUUUUGUAAACUAAUACCUUAUAAUACAAAUUGACAUGUUUUGUGCCAUAUUUGAAUAAGAAGGGAAUGUUUUUUACUGUUAAAGAAAUGGACCAGUUCCUAAUCGUGAUUUGAUAGUUUUUGUUUCUUUUGUUACCAAGUAAGCUUUAAUGUUUGUCAGAUGAAUUGCGUGGACAUCAAUAUUACAUUUACUGUAUAUUAUUUUAGGAGUCUGUUCACUCUGUGCUACUACAUGUUUAUUUUCUUAAAUUAUUUGUCUUAACAAGACUGGUGAAAAAUAAUAACUGUUAUGAUUUGGUGUAGCUAUAUUUUUAACAGCCACAUCCACAUAAAGGGCAAGACAAACGUAACAUGUUUAUGUUUAUAUCCAAAUUAAAAUGAUCAAGUGCACUGAAUUUGAACCUUUUCUUCAGCUUACUUCUAUGCGCCCCACAUGGUAAAAUCUGAUGACUUUGAUAAAUAAAAAAAAAAGAAAAACUUGAUCAUUUUAAUUUGACCACCAAGGUGGUCAGAUAUUUUUUUACUACUGGAGCCACUUUCGAGUGAUGAGGAUUUAUCAAAUGUGAUUGGAUAUUUUCUCCCACAAAUAAUACAA